AUGGCAGCCAUCAACAACUACCCAUUCUCAAGAUCAUCUCAGUCCACCUCACCUUUCGUCUCAUACACCCCUCCCAUCCCGACCAGUCACAAACUCACAACACCCCUUGCGGCUCCUCCCCCACCGCCCCUCUACAUGUCCGCUCACGAUCAUUCCUCGGGUCCCGAAAGACAAGUGAGAUACGCCGGGGCGGAUCAUACACUGGGACCCAUGUUCAGUGAAGAGGAAGAUGGGGAUGAUACAGCUUUCAUAGCUGCAAAGAUGGCAUCUCUGGGCUUGGAUCCGACUGGGAGACCUUAUAAUCAAAGUGGAUAUACGCAACAAGAUCCACGUUUACAACAAUACCGGGACCCCCGCUCUCGAAGCCCACUAGCACAAGCUCAACUUCAAGCUCAGAGACAAGCUCAAAUGCAAUAUCUGAAUCAACAAGCUCAACAACAACAAGCGCUCUAUCAUCUUUUAUCUCAACAAAAGCAAAAUCAACUCAAUCCUCAAUUGAGAGAAGCUAUGGCUAUUCUCGAACUUCAACAAGCUCAACAAUCAGCUACUGAUCGACAUGCCUAUGCUCAACAACAAGCUCAGCGAGCAUUUAAUCAGGCUCAACGACAGCCUGGAUGGGAACAGACCAAAGUAGUACAACAGCAGCAGCAGCAACAACAACAGCAGCAGAUCAGGGAAAUGCAAUACCUUCAAGAUCUACAUUUACAACAACAAUUAACCGCUUUACAAACCACGAACACAAAUACAUACAAUCCACCGAACAACGAAAGAACCGCUUUAUCAGCACAGAUGCAAGCCAAUCUACAAGCUAGACAAGGUAGAGUGUUAGCUCAAGCUAGAGGAAUGACUUUAGACGAUUCUGAGCUUAGAGCGAGAUUUGAGGCCGCUGAGAAUUACGGUCAUACAGCUCCACCUCCUAUCGAAUCUAAAACUCGAUUUAGUCCUUCUACUUCACCUACUAACGGGAACAGUCCUACCUCACCAUCUUGGAAAUCAUCCGGAUCUCCUUCACCUACCAAGACGAAUAUCCUCACUCCUACGGAAUUGCCUACUCUGACUCAACCUACUACGUCCGUAAGAUCACCCAAGGGAGGAAGAUUCUCACAAGCAAGAAAAGCUAUGGCUGCUGAGGGGACUGAAAAGCCUUAUGGAACUCUCACUGCGACUUUGUCUGGCAAAUCACUGAACAUGGAGAACUACGUUCAACCGAUGUUUACUGAAAAGAAAGUUCAGGAGCAAAAGGAAGAAGUGGUAGAAGUUCCAGCUAGUCCAACAGUGGAGAAGAAACCCAUGAAAUAUACUUUAGGAGCUUUAGGUAAUGGGAGACCAUCAACUGUACCAUCUCAUACUAGCAGAGCAGCCACUUUACCCGUUACCGAGACAAACUCUGCUCCAGUAUACAAUCAAAGAGCAGUCAGUCAACCGCUCUUACAAGUCCCCUCGAAGGUGUUCGUGGUUCGCCAACCUCAUGGUCCACCUUGCGAAGCUUCUGAAUUGGGCGAUAAGAACUUCCAAUCUAGAUUACGAAGACAAGCCGGAUUGAACCUUACCAUGUUGAAUAGAAGGACGGAAUCACCCUGUCCUACUCCUGUUCUCGCAUAG